UUAAAUUUAAAUUGCCACUGCAGCGCCAUCUCUCGUCGAGUAGUUGUGCCACACCCGUUCCUUAAAUAGGUCUCGACGGCGUCGUUGCCUCGGCAACCGUUUCACUAGCAAUUAUUGUUUACAUAUUUCAAUAAACACAUGCUAGACCUGUCAAAAUACACGUGCUUUUAAAAGUUGGCCUAGGCGGGCGAUAAGAAAUAGGCGGCGGACCGGUGUGGCAUCGCGGAAAUCGCGGGGCGCCGGUGUCUCGGCGCGUUUUUCGACACCGCCGUUUUAAAACGGCGAAGAUUGGACGGCGCCACGACGGCAGCGCCGUUAUUUGCGACGUUGUCCGCGCCACGACGUGAGCGUCCCUGUCUUACAACCACCUGUUUUCAUCAACACACACCUAAAAGGCACCGUUUUUAUUUUUCCAACCGGGACGUGUGUUUUAUUUUGAGUUCGCACAAUUUCGUUUCUUCAGUUGCUGAUCUGUUAUGUUUUUGGUUUUGUGCUUUUAUGUUCCGUUUGCGUUGAUUUUCAAGGAUUCAAACUUAACGGUGGAAGUGGAAAGGCAAUUUAAUUCAUCGCAGCUGAAGGUUUCGGUCAUAUCUCAAGCGAUUAGAUGAGCAAGGGGAUUCGACACUGGAGCGUUUUGAAGUUUGAGGGGAUUUGCAGCGCAAACACGUGAUUGAAACAUUUAUUUUCAGGGUGUGGGACAUCAACGGCAUCGCCAUGCAGCACGCGACAGGUUCACCGCAGCAGUUCUGCCUCCGCUGGAACAACUACCAGUCGAAUCUGACCAACGUCUUCGAUCAGCUCCUGCAGAGCGAGUCCUUCGUCGACGUGACACUGGCCUGCGAUGGCCACUCCGUCAAAGCCCAUAAAAUGGUGCUGUCCGCGUGCAGCCCCUAUUUUCAAUCGCUCUUCUUCGAGAACCCUUGCCAACAUCCAAUCGUGAUAAUGAGAGACAUUAAAUGGCCGGAACUGAAGGCCGCCGUCGAAUUCAUGUACAAGGGUGAGAUCAACGUGUCCCAAGAACAAAUCGGGCCGCUCCUCAAGGUAGCCGAAUCACUCAAGAUCCGCGGACUGGCGGACGUGAACGGCGAACAGGACGUGGUGGCACCAGGUGGUAGCGAGCUCACGGCCCGUCCGUCCUCCAUCAAGCCGAUAUCCACACCGAACAAUCACAGCGGCCACACACCGGUCAACGAAUGGGACAGCAUCAGACGCGGUGCCGGCAGCGGUGCCGGCACCGUUGGCGGUGGUGCCGCCUCCGAAACCGACGCCGACAACGCGGCCCGCGCCAAGAAACGGCGCCGGCCCUCGGGCGAGCGGAGCUCGAUGAGCUCGCCGGCCGAGAGCGCCAGCACCGAGAUACCGGAACCGCCGCCCUCGGUGGAGAUGUCGCCGGCGCCGUCGGCCACGCCGUUGCCCACGUCGUCCGCCUCCGUUGAACCUCUGCCGUUGACGUUGCCGUUGCCGCCGCAGCCGUCUAUUUCCCAUGCUUCAUCCGCCGACGACAUGGAGAUCAAGCCGGGCAUCGCUGAGAUGAUCCGCGAGGAAGAAAGGAGAGAUUUGGUUAUUAAGGCUAAACUGUUGGAAUCUUCUCACGCCUGGUUAGGGGCAUCUACAUCAUCUAUAGCCGCAGACAGCUACCAAUACCAGUUGCAGUCUAUGUGGCAGAAGUGCUGGAACACCAACCAGAGCCUGGUCCACAAUUUGAGAUUCCGCGAGAGAGGACCGCUGAAGUCCUGGCGUCCAGAAACAAUGGCAGAGGCGAUAUUCUCUGUCUUGAAGGAAGGAUUGUCGUUGUCACAGGCAGCUAGAAAAUACGACAUUCCCUAUCCGACUUUCGUGUUAUACGCCAAUCGUGUACACAACAUGUUGGGACCCUCUGCUGACGGAGGUUCGGAUCUUCGGCCAAAAGGAAGAGGUAGACCUCAACGUAUCCUCUUAGGCGUCUGGCCCGAUGAGCACAUAAGAGGCGUGAUCAGGGCUGUCGUAUUCCGUGACUCCCACAUCAAGGAAGAACCGCCGAUGAACAUGUCAUAUCCAAGAUUGCAUGUAAGUACCCAUUCUACUAACGGUCUGGGUUCAUACAAACACAAUCAGACAAACGCGCAAUUGUGGGACAAGAUCAGGAAUAUGGAGAAUACUAUUUCUCCUGCAGAGGAUGGUGUAACGAUACAGAGCUACCCGAACAAUUCGUGUAGCAACGGCUCAGACCCGAAUGUAUCUCCAGGAGCCGCAGCUGCAGCUGCUGUAGCUGCUGUGGCUCAAGGGCUAAGACAACAAAUGUGCAGCAUGGUGGCCGCCGCGCACAAUCAAACUUCCGCACACGAGACUAACCCCGUUGCCAGUUUAGUUAACUCUUUAGCCUUAGCCAGCCACUGCGGUAAUGUAGCUAUGCCUUCUAAUGGCAUACCGCCAAUGUCAAUGUCGCACAUUGCUUCCAUGCGUAGCAUGAGCAGUCCCGCCGGCAGCAUCCAAGAUCUGAGGAUAAGUCCCGCCGAGUCGGCGUUGGACUCUCCGAUUUCAAGUCCUUUGGGACUCACAGUCUCCAGCAGCAUGGAGACCACCAAUCCAAUCAACAUGAACACAAUGGGCAGCACGAACAUCAACAGCAUGGACGUAGGAAAUAUUGGCGUCUCCGGCAUGACGUACAAACCGACCAGGCAAUUCACAUCGCCACGGCCUGAGAACCUCUUCCAGGAGGAUAUCGACGACUUGGUAAAGCCGAUGCACACAUCCACGCCAACCCACCAGAAGGACACAAUGACCACCAUCAAGAUGGAACCGAUGACCGAGUGUCGGGGUGAAUGAGGAACCGGGAUCGGACAACAGCAAGAUCAGCCACCGCAUUGCAAUGUGAUAAAUAAUUAUUUUUAGUCGUUAGGUUGAACAACGGGGUGACCGCACAAAAAAUUGUACGACCGCUUAUCCCCGGUGGUUUAAAUUCUUUGUUUAUAUUUAUUUUGUGCGAGUCUAAACGUAUUGUUGGUUGUCCAGGACAAAAAUUGUCGUUAUGUAAUUUAAAUAUUAUUGGUUUUUGGUAUUAAUUUUGCUUCGUCUGGACCUUGGCAUUACGUACGGAUGGCGCUUUUUCAUUCUAAUUUUUAAAUUAUUGCAUUUUUGAAUGUUGAAAUUGAUAAGAAAUUUUAGUAUGUAGUAUAUUUUGAACAAUUUUAUAUAAUUUAUCUAGAAGCCAAAGUUUUCGGCCAGUUCUAUAAAAGACUGUUGUGUAUAUGUAUACUAAUUGUUCUAAAUUCAAAAUUAGAGUGGAGAUAUAUUAUUUCUUAGACUUAAUAUCACAUUAGCAGGGAAAUUAUUCAGGUCUGUUUCACAUUUGGUGAGGAAAAUAUACUUGUAUCAAUCACAUACAUGGACUCUUUGAUUCAUGCGAAAACCAGUUUUGAUAUUUACGUUACAGACAUAAAUAUCAUAUAAUACUAGAGACAAUCAAAUUACUGCUAUAUUUUGAUUGUCUAGUUUUCGUCGGUCCAUCUCACCACCUGAAACAAAACCUCACAGAUACGACAUUCCCCGAUGAAUUCAUAUGAUGACAAUCUGUUAAUCGGAAUCCGUUAGUGUCAUGUAUAUGUGUAAAAGGACUAUUCCUUUAAAACACUUUGAUUUUUUCUAUCAUAGACUUUAUAAAUUGUUCAUUUCUAUGAUUCUGACGUUGCUGUAUUGAAGAAACUAAAAUGCUAAUGAAAUCGGGCCCAAUUACGAUCUGAAAUACGCAAUAAAUUGAUAUUCUAAAUAGAGAUCUUACCAGGCACCUGUACACCUCUACAAAUUUUAUUUUUGUUUUUUUUAUAUUUCAAGUGAAUUACAAAGUUUGUUCUAAAGAAAUCGGAUUUUUUAAUAAACAUAAUCUUUUAAUUCGCAUAUAGAAACUUAAAUUAAGAAGUCCGAUCCAUGGAAAAUUUAAAUUUGAUUUUUAAAAAAUAUCUGUGAUAAUUAUUAUGGACUUAUGGACUUAACAGUUAAGUAAUUUUUAAUUUAGUCUUUUACUAUAUUGUAAGUGUACAUAAUAUAUAUUUUAUAUCGUCUGGGAAAAUUAUCUAAAAGCCUGAAAGGCACAUGUACAUAAAAAUUGUAUAUUUUAUUGCCAAAAAAAUAUCUAAAUUCGUUUUGAUAGGUUUAAGGAGUUUCGGAAAGUUUAAGCAAACAUUUAUUUAAAUAUAAUUUGUACAUAUAAAGUAUUGGAAAAUUUAAUGUUUGUAGUUCACUUGAGUGUUAAUCUUCAUCCUUAGUUAGUUAAGUUGUAGAAAUGUUUAUAUUACAUUAAGUUUAAUCAGUGUACAGCUGCUACUUUCAUCAAAAUUUCACAUUCAGUGAUAAGGCAUUUAAGUAAACUGCUUUGGAUUAGCGUAAAAUAGCAGAAAUAUUUCUGUAAUUGUCCACACUAUUAUACACAUCAAAAUCACUGUUAAAAUUUUGAUGAACCCUCUUCAUAUUAGCAUGCCUACAGAAAAAUUUUCAUGUUAUGCUGACAGAAUAUUUAUUUUACUAUAUAAAAAUACUUAUAUAAAAUACACCAAAGUCGAUUCAUAGUGUUAAAAUAUAGAAAUAUGUACAAAUUUUAAGGAAAUGUGUAAUCCUCCAUUAUUGUAUGUGUGUAUAAAUAUGAAACAGUUUACGAUUUAUGAUUAGCUCCCACUGUAAUUUUCAGUGCAAUAUUCCUUUAUUUUUCUUUUGUAGAUUUUUACUUGCUGUAAAGUGGUUUUGAACUUCACUGUGCAGUCCAAGAGAUUGUAUCACGUAGCCAUAACGUUUACUAUAAGUUUGUUUACUCUUGGCCCUUGUACAGUGUGUACAAAGUCCCUUUGUAUAAAUAUUACAACUUAAGUAUGGUCAGUGAUUGUCAGUAUUGUUUAAACGUUUUAACUGGUCUCUUAUAAAUUAUUUUUUAUUUAUUUAGUUGAAAUUGUAAUUACAUCUGAUGUAUAGGUAUUAAACGUACUUGUAUUGCUUCGAUUCGUUUGCCUGGCAGCUUCAAAUUGUCGAUGUACACACUUCCAACACUGUAGAUAAUGUUAAAUAAUCAAAAGAAUUUUCACCGAUAUUGUCGCAUGUGGAAAUGUGCAGGCCUAUAUCUCAUAUUGAGAAUCCACUAAAAGCACGCAGUUUUUUAAUGGAUUUUCAACCAACCUGUCGAAGUUUGAAGCUGAACUCUUUGUAAGAACUAUAGCAAUGCCAAAUGUAUCAUAUAUGUUAUGAUGUAGUAACAAUAAAAACAUAGUGAAAAAAAUAGGUGUUGUGUAUGUACAAAAAAGUGUAGUGCAACUCAAAGACUAGAAGAUACCCGGAUGCGGUACACUUAACCCAUGUUCUCACAAGGUAGCACAGAGAUACUUUACGAGAAAACCCAUAAAAUGAGACACAGACGUUUUAUUCUUUCAAAUAGUGUAAAAUCACGAAGCCAACUAAAAAAUAUUUUUGUGAUUCGUUUAGGUAUUAGGAUAUGAAAUAAUGUACAAAAUUUAUAUAAAGAAUCUUGUAAAUGUAGAAAGAAAAUUAUUACGAUUUAAAUGAAAAUUAUAUGCCUUCCUGCCAUUCAAGGGUGUACCAUGCUGUUGUUUGACUUUUGCAUGUCGAUCGUGAUAAAAUAUUUUUCAAAAAGUGGCCUUUGAACUUUAUAAUUUUGUGUGUUUGUGCAAAAAAAAUGUCUUUUGGAUCUAUUUUAUAUUUCGUUCACGUGCACAACGGUCAACGGUCAGUUUGCUUCACCAAACUUGACUUGUGUGUUCCAGGAAACUAAUCAAAAUUUUUUAUACAUAUUAGGGAAUUAAUGGGCGUUCGGAUUGUUGGUCGGUGGUGCACGUUUUAUACGUAGGAUUCUUGAGUUCACGACUAGGCUUAAAUGUGUUCAAAAAGAAGUAGUAAGUGCCUUCCAAAAUCUAUGACGACCACUUAUGUCAUCCGAGAUACUAAAUUUUUAACAAAAUUGUGCAUUUUGAUGUGUUUUUGGUAUGGUAUUACCCUGGAUGGCAUGUUCUUUUUCAUAUCUCUGUAAAAAUUACAUUUAUAUAACUUUAUUAUAAGUAAAAGUGAUGUGAGAUUGGCAUUUUUAGAUUUUUAGAUAUUGUAUAAUCACUCAAAAUUCAGGUAAAGCUUUAUUUUAAUGUAUACUAUAAAAAAAACAUAAUAUAGUUCGAUGUUAGAUCAGAUAUAACAUAGAAUACCUAAAAUUAUGAUAGCCAAUUUAGUAUUUAUGCAAUAAAAUAUUUAUCAAUUGUGCUACUUAUGUUUUGUAUAGACAUCUCCCCAAGAGAAUCUAACAGAUACAGUCCAGUUGUACACUUCUAAUAACUUUAAGUUUUAAAAUACAUGUGCAGAGUUUUCAUAUUGAUUUCCUGUUGUUGUAUCAAUAUAUACAUAUGAGUAUAUUGAACUACCAAUGAAGGGAAUCCAUUUUGUAUUUUAUUUGUUAUUGAAAUGAUUUAUGCACAUCAUUAUUUUAUGUCUGUAUGGUAAAUAAAUAAAAUUGUAAAAUAUAAAAAUAA